UAGUGGCGUAUAGUAGGCCUGAAAGUAAAAAUUAAUUUUUGAAUAAAUAUUUAGGCGAACGGGCGUAUCAGAGUAUAAAAGCUAAGGUUAGACAGCCACAGAAUCACAGAGCAUUUAUUUGUCAAACCUUACAGUCAUGGUACAAAAGUUGAUCAUCCUGACCGCCCUUGUGGCAGUGAGCUCAGCAGUUGUCAUUGGACCACCUGCCUACUCGCCCUAUGGCCCCGCUAUUGCCAAAAUUGCAUCUCCACUCGGAUACCCAGCCUACCCAGCUAUUGCAAAGGUUGCCGCUCCACUCAUUGCUAAGGUCGCCGCUCCAGAACCAUACGAUCCAAACCCACAAUACAGCUACAGCUAUGAUGUCCAUGAUCCAUCAACCGGUGAUGUAAAGAACCAACAAGAAAGCCGAAGCGGAGAUGUCGUUCAAGGAUCAUACUCUCUGAUCGAACCUGAUGGCACAAGGCGUGUGGUCGAAUACACCGCCGAUCCAGUCCAUGGAUUCAAUGCCGUCGUUCAUCGUGAACCACUUGCUGUUAAGGCCGUAGCUCCAGUUGCCAAGAUUUUGGCUCCAGCACCACUCUUGGCUCCAGCACCACUUCUAGCUCAUGGACCAUUGUUGCCCAAGAUUGCCUCACCCUAUGGUUUACCAUUGGCUGCUGCCCACGGACCACUCGGCUAUCCAGGAUUGAUUCACGGUUGAGAACGAAGCUGAUAUGAUGAUUAUGAUCACGAUCACAAUGUAGUAUUUCAAACGAAAUCAAAGACUCUCUAUUGUAUAUGGAAUAUCUCUUCUGCUUCAAUCCGCCUAAUCUGUGUCAUAUAUAUAUUAUUGUUGUAAAUGUAUUUAUUAUUUGUAAUUCUUUUUAAUUGUUAAGGAUGUUUGACCGCGAUAAAUAAAUAAACGUUAUGUGCAAAUCAAAA